AUGCCCUUGGGCUCCUCCACCCAACUAUAUUCAGUAUAUCUCAAUCGAAUAGUUUUUUUAAGGGGUGACAUCCUGACAGUCUGGGAUUUCGUAGCCGAUACGUUAGCAACGUGGCGUGUCGUCGGCGCAUCCCAUAAGACCAUCAUCGCCAACGACUCUAUUCUUUUAUUUGGGAGUACAUGCAUUUCCGUAUGGAACAUACCAGCUCUUCUGCCUCGUGAUCAUGAACAUACCACUUUGCCAUAUGUGGACGUCCCCAUCAUCAACCCACUCUUCCGAAUCGAUUAUCCUGAAUGCAUGCCUUCCCUUGACGAUGCCAUUCGGACUGGUUCUAUGAUUAAAGGGUUUGGGGACUGGUAUACAGCAUCGGCGCCUUGGUGUUACGACAUUGUUCUGCCAAGCGAAGCCGGCUUUGCGAUCUCGCGCUAUUUGGUGGCCUUCAACAAGGACAUGACUGGGGGCACCAUCAAAGAAAAUGCAUGCUAUGAGUUUAUGACCACCCCAGAUUUGGAUUUCUUCAUUGAACCCUACCGUGUAUGCGACAAUCAGCUGGUAUUGUCCUGGACCGAGGGAGCCUGGAUGGAAUGCAUCAUCAAAACCCACACGUCAACAUUGUCCUCUCAGGACACUGUAACUCCGAGGGAUGAUGAGCCAUUGAUCCUCGAGGAAUGGAAAAGUAACCAUUUUAAUGGCAUGUCACUCUUCAGAGUAGUAGGCUCAUUUCACCAUUGUCAACGUUCACUACAUCCGCUUUUUCGAACUUGCAGCCACGGUCCCACUCCUACUCGUCCCCUUCCCCCGUCUUUACAGGCACUUAUAAAUCCCCCACACUGCCCGUCGUCGUCUUCACCCCAUCCCUGGUCUCCCCAUCACACAUCUGACAUGGAUGCUGACGAGCGUGCUUGGAGCGUGCUUUCCGGGUCGGGCGCGCAGCUGCUUUCCCCGGUGCUACAGUUGAUAGAGGCCGCCCAAGUAAAGGCGCCACAUGGUCCUAUUUCCCCCCUUGCUCCUCAUGAUCAUUAUCGGGACGUCACUGCCUCCAUCUCAGAGAACGUUUGA